UGGUGCAUGCAACUUUGCCCUUUUCCUCGCUUUUAGCAUUCGCCAUUCUUUCACGCAACACACACGACUAGUACACUUUCUUCUCCUGUUUUCUCCCAACACUCCAUACUAUCCUCGCGUCGCAGGUAGCAUAUUAAACGCCUCUAUCUCACGGACUGGAACCUUUUGCAAACUCAAAGAAAGCAGGACUUGAUUGGAAGUCUUCUCAGGAAAACCUUGUCACCAACUCAGCCCGCUCGCGAGGCACUCUUUCCAACCACUUCCGCGCAAGACUCUCGGCCAUCGCUGCCUUACAUACACCAUGUCUGAUCAGUUAAAGACCCUUGUCGACCACCCCGUAUUCGUGUACUUGACCGAUGGCCGAACACUCGUCGGUCAGUUAAUGGGAUACGACCAAGCAGCAAACGUCAUUUUGGGCCAGACUCAUGAGAGGAUAUUCUCAUCAACAGAACCCAUGAAGUCAGUACCUAUUGGCGUAUAUGUCAUCCGUGGAGAAACUAUAGCGAUCAUCGGCGAACUGGAUCAAGAACUGGACGAGGCAACGGAUUACGACAAUAUGCUAGUCGAACCUCUCGAUCCAUUAAAACUCUAAGGGUACAUCGGACACGACACCAUCGUCAGUACGGACACACGUGGAACCUGUUUUGAUCUAUUAGACAGGAGGAAAAUUAGCGGGGCAACAACAUAUAUACAACAGGCGACAGACUAGGCGAGAACUUUGCACUAUUGGAUCCGAAAGUCUAGGAAUCUGGGAUCGUUCCAACUUGAAGACACAACAUAUCGAAAUAAAGCAUCUCAAGAAACGCAUAUGGACAUUGCGGCUUCGUCAUGAUCUUGACCAGUUCCGGGUAUCUCACGGAAGGACAAGAAAGACGGAUCGAAAAGGUUGUCUAGCAAACAACGCAUUCGUGAUUCGAACAAUGACGCAUUGAGGAGCCAUCCAAGCAUACUCCUUGACGAAAUGUCAACUGCAACGGGAUAAAACUGUACAAAACCGCAACAUUCCUUUGAAGCAAGACACAACUGCCUUGCGCACGAUGAUAUAACUGAC